CAGCUACUAGUGAAGGAAGCGAGGGGUAGGGUUGCAGCAGCCUCGCAUACCACCACACUCGGCACCAUCCUCCUCUUCUUCCCUCCCCCUAGGGUUUCCUCAGAUCUUCCCGAGAAUGGGGUCUUCUCUCCCGCCCAGGGAAGCUAAUCUUUUCAAGGUCAUCGUGAAAUCAUAUGAGACCAAACAGUAUAAAAAGGGACUAAAGUCUGCAGAUUCUAUCUUGAAGAAGUUUCCUGAACAUGGAGAAACCUUGUCCAUGAAGGGAUUAACAUUGAAUUGCAUGGACCGGAAAUCAGAAGCAUAUGAUCUUGUUCGUCGUGGUCUUAAGAAUGACCUUAAAAGUCAUGUGUGCUGGCAUGUUUAUGGUCUACUCUAUCGGUCAGACAGAGAAUAUAGAGAAGCAAUUAAGUGCUACAGAAAUGCUUUGAAGAUUGAUCCUGAUAAUAUUGAAAUUUUGCGUGAUUUAUCAUUGUUACAGGUACAGAUGCGGGACCUGAUAGGGUUUGUUGAAACGAGACAGCAACUUCUGGCAUUGAAGCCAAACCACCGGAUGAACUGGAUUGGCUUUGCUGUUGCUCACCACUUGAAUUCCAAUGCUUCAAAGGCAAUUGAUAUUCUAGAAGCUUAUGAAGGAACACUAGAAGAUGAUUAUCCUCCAGAGAGUGAGCGUUAUGAACAUGGUGAAAUGCUCUUGUAUAAGAUUUCAUUGUUGGAGGAAUGUGGGUUAUUUGACAGAGCACUGGAGGAAAUGCAUAAGAAGGAGGCUAAAAUUGUGGAUAAGUUGGCUUUCAAGGAAGAAAUGGCUUCUAUAGUCUUGAAGCUUGGUCGUUUUGAGGAAGCAGAGAAAAUGUACAGGUUCCUGCUUGUUAUGAAUCCUGAUAAUUACAGGUACUUUAUUGGCCUGCAAAAAUGUCUUGGACUAUAUUCUGAUAAAGGUGAAUAUACGUCUGAUGAAAUUGAAAGAUUAGAUGCCUUGUAUAUGUCACUUAGGGAUCAAUACAGUUGGUCUUCUGCUGUCAAGCGAAUACCACUUGAUUUUCUAGAAGGGGACAAGUUUCAGGAAGCCGUGGAUAACUAUGUCAGGCCUUUAUUAACUAAGGGUGUCCCCUCAUUGUUCUCUGAUCUUAGUCCGUUGUAUGACCACAUCGGAAAGGCAUCUAUUCUUGAACAAUUAUUUCUUCACUUGGAAGACUCAAUUAGGUCAACAGGAAGCUUUCCUGGAAGUUCAAAAAAGGAGCCUCCUUCGACACUCAUGUGGACAUUGUUUUUGCUAUCCCAGCACUAUGACAGACUAGGCCAGUAUGAUCUUGCUCUAGCUAAAAUUGAUGAAGCUAUCGAACACACUCCAACAGUGAUUGAUUUGUACUCCAUUAAGGGCAGAAUAUUAGAACAUGCAGGUGAUUUGCCUGCUGCUGCCGCCUUGGCAGAUGAAGCUAGGUCAAUGGAUCUUGCUGAUCGUUACUUAAAUAGUGAGUGUGUUAUGCGUAUGCUUCAAGCUGAUCAGGUUGGAUUAGCAGAGAAGACAGCUGUUUUGUUCACCAAGGAUGGUGAUCAGCACAAUAAUCUUCAUGACAUGCAGUGCAUGUGGUAUGAACUUGCUUCUGGUGAAAGUUACUUUCGUCAAGGUGAUCUGGGACAUGCACUCAAAAAUUUCUUAGCUGUUGAGAAGCAUUAUUCAGACAUGACAGAGGAUCAAUUUGACUUCCAUUCUUACUGUCUGCGUAAAAUGACUCUACGAGCUUAUGUAUCGAUGCUGAAGUUUCAAAACCAGUUGCAUUCACAUGAGUAUUUCCAUAAAGCUGCAGCAGGUGCUAUAAGAUGCUACAUGAAGUUGUAUGAUUCUCCAUCAAAAUUGAUGACAGAGGAAAGUGAUGAGAUGUCAAAGUUGCCUCCUUCACAGAGGAAGAAAAUGAGACAAAAACAGAAAAAGGCGGAAGCUCGUGCCAAGAAAGAAGCUGAAGAAAGAAAUGAGGAGGAAACAACUUCUUCUGGCAUGUCUAAAUCCGGCAGGCGGCCAAAUGUCAGACUUGUUGAUUUAGAUCCUCAUGGGGAAAAGCUCAUGCAGGUCGAAGAUCCACUAUUGGAAGCUACAAAAUAUUUGAAAUUGCUUCAGAGCAACUCUGCUAAUUCAUUGGAAACUCAUAUUCUUUCUUUUGAAGCAAACAUGAGAAAACAGAAGAUUUUGUUAGCAUUUCAGGCUGUUAAGCAGCUGAUUAAAUUGAAUGAGAAUGAUCCAGAUAGUCAUCGAUGUUUGAUAAAGUUCUUUCACAAAAUUAGCAGCUUUACUUCACCAGUUUCAGACUCAGAGAAGCUCGUUUGGAAUGUAUUAGAAGCAGAACGACCACAGAUAAGUCAGUUGAAUGGAAGGUCACUAAUUGAAGCUAACAAAUCUUUCCUUGAGAAGCACAAAGAUUCCUUAAUCCAUAGAGCAGCUGCUGCUGAAAUGCUGUAUGUUCUCGAGCCAGAGAAGAAGCUGGAGGCAAUUAAAUUAAUUGAAGAUUCAAAAAACAACAUAGCAGUGGGAAAUGGGGCACUCGGUCCGGUCAGCGUAUGGAAACUCCCAGACUGUAUUACCGUCCACAGAUUGCUUGAGACAGUGUUUGACGAUCAGGGUGCUGCUUCUAGAUGGAAAGCACGGUGUGCAGAAUACUUUCCAUGCUCGACACACUUUGGAGGCUGCAGAAACUCCACUCUUACUUGCACUUUAAAUAACAAUUUAAAAAAUUUGCCAGAAAAUGGGGUUGCCGCAAGCCAAGAUGACAACCUCGCUGAUUCUCAUUCCUUGAAUGGAGAGUUACAUGCAUUUAAGGACCUGAAAAUUUCAUAAUAUAGUCCGUUCUUUUGUCUAACCCUACAGGUGGAGACAAAAAGCUUAAGAGACGUCGAUAAACUGAGUUUUCUGCACUCAUUACAGUGACAAUCCUUGAUGAAGAGAAAAACGCAUGUCCUUGCCGGAGCACUGCAUUUUGUUGUCUCAUAGCAUUACGGAUUGCAUUAUUGGGUUAGGACUCACAUCUCGAGCAAAUGCUUCUCUCUGGCUUGUUCCAAGAUUGUAUUGUUAAUUAUCAUCUCAUGAAAAUGGUGGAAGAUUUUCUCUUACGUCACAAGAUCAGCUAUUUCUUGAUUAUGAGUUAAGUGGCAAAGAUAUGAAAGCGGUCAGCUAGCUCUGCAACCAAUGUUUUCAAGUAGUUGGCGUAUAGUUUCGCAUCUGAUUAUAUUUUGUACUCCUUACGGACCAUAAAUUUUGUGCAAUGUGUUUUUAUUGAAGUACAAAUUGUUUUGGCACAAACGACUCGUGACUCCGUCAUUCUCCGACAGAUGAAUAAUGUUGCGUUUUCAUAUCUGAUUGAUGAUGAUAAA